AUGGCGCCCUCGAUCAUUUACUUCAUCCAGGAGGGUGCCAACUUCAAAUCACCGAAGACGGGCAGAUCUAUGAAGUCCAAAACCAACCAUCUCCAUGUUGGCUAUUCCCGGGAAAACUAUCACAAGGUCUUCUACGAGCCAACAGAAGAUGCAGAUAUUUCAGACGAUGCAGUGAUGCCCGCCAAUUAUGUUUGGGAGGGAGGCUCGAGGUACAAAUCGGAUCGUCGCAAGCCUACAGAAGGCGAAAUCACGUGGUUGAUUCACUUCGACCCAAAGAACAUCCCGAACAGCAACAGGAAGCAAAGAGAUGACGCACACAAGCAGACGAUGCACGAUGCCUGGAAAUACCUCGCCGAGGAUGAUGCACGAGAAAUCAGGAAGUUGGAAACCAAAUUGUCGGCCCCCGCGAAUCGUCGAUGGCACUCGUGGUUUGAGGAAGCUAUGGAUUGGAAGAAGAAAUCCCUGAAGCGAAGGGCAAGUAGGCGGACCCGACGACAAGAGCGCCUCCUAGCCGAUGGAACGCCCCAGAGCGAGAUCGACAAAAUGGACCAUUUGGAGGAUACCUCCGAUGAUUCUGCUGUCGAUGUUGAUAGCGACAACGACGUCCGUGGACCAAUGCCCCCUCCACCUACUCUACCUCAACAUGGCACACGACGGCCUCUUGGCGCUGCCGGCGGCAGCGGGUCCGAUUCGAACAGGAGCGCAAAGCGUCGGAGAGACCAGAGCACGACGCCCAGCAGCUCCGGUGGCCGAAGCAAUCUCAGCAACCUUGGAAGGGUCUCGACAGGAAAGCGCAGAGCUGGCGGCCAGCCCUCCGGGGCUGUUGGCCCGUUUAUACAAGACGGAUCAGAGCCGGAUUAUGAAGAUGACGGUGGCAACUACAUGGCGGGCGGCAACAACAGCAACCUGCCAGGCGCCUUGUUGCGCCAGCCUGGGCCCGGCAGUGUGAGUAGCGGCAGGUCACCCAGCGUCUUGGGCCGAUCACCACCACCACCAAGCGAGGAUUUCGAUCCUGCACCUCCACAGGGAGGAACCCCUCCACCAAGACCACGAGUUGAGAACGACUGGAUCGACGCAGACAAGUAUCAGAAUGAGGGCGACGAGGACGCUGCAUUCCAGGAGGCUUUGCGACGUAGCAGUGUGGCUCCAGAUUUCCCACGACCAACCACUACAACUGGAGGAAGCAUGCCAGUGGCCGACCGUACGGAGGAGGAGGAGUUCCCAGGAAUGAGUGCGGCGAUUCGGCAAAGCCUGGCUCCGCAGACUCCACCACCAACCAACCAAGCGAGGGUCGAGGAGGUCGAGGAGGUCGAGGAUGUCGAAAACUAG